AUGGCUACGGACGCUGCGACAUUGGCUCAAGCUUCAACCGCAGAUACCAAACAUGCAGAUGUGUGCGUGUGUGUUGAAAAUGUCGCACAUGCAACGGUUGGGUACGUGGUUGGUUUUGUAGCAUUCACAACCGUUGCAAGUGCUACUUGGCUCGAGUGUGAUAUACAUGAUUGGCUCGGUCUUGUAGGGCAUUCGCAACCGUUUGCCCUCAACUUCGAAGGACAGAUAGGAGGCUCGCCGGAGAUCAACUCCAACAUGCUCCAACAGAGGUUAGGCCUCAUGAUAGAGUUCCACCAUGAAAUGGGCGACCAAUCUUGCUCCACAUUUUUGGCAGUCGCCCCUUGCAUGGGAGAAACAAAAUGGAGGAAGAUUGGUCCCCCUUGCAUAGGGCUCAUCAUCUUGGGCCGACACCUAGACAGCAUCAUCAGCUGUUAUCCUAUCAUAUUGUCGGAUAAUAUAGAUCGAUUCAGUGGCACCAUCGCUGCCUUUCAACCGCUUGGCCCACAUAUGGGCUCUGUUCAUAUAGAAAUAUGUUGCAAUCAAGGAGCAUUACUGCUCGAUCACGAAGCAACUGCUGUGAUCGCAGAUCAGCCAUGCAGGGAUGGAUGUACGAUCCAUCUUCGCAAGCUUGCUACGACGUCGUCACAGUUCGAUGCCCCUUGCCAGUCGGUGAUCUGUUUUUCCACCGCUAAAUCCUUCCUCCACAUCAUUGCUCCCAUACAAGGGAUGAUUGCCAAUGAUGUGGAGCAAGUCGCUCCUUGUAUGAGAGCAACAAUGUGGAGGAAUGCUGUCCCCAUGAAAUGGGCCACCGAUCUCGCUCCACUUUUGGCAGUCGCCCCUUGCAUGGGAAACAGUGUAGAUCAACUCCAACGUGCUCCAACAGAGGCAAGGCUACGAGGGUCGCAGGUUCCCCAAUACCAAAUACUGGUCAUAUGA